AUGCACGCCUCUCGUGCCGGACUCCUUCUUUUCGCCCUUGCCUUAAUCUGUGCGUCUCCCUUGUCUUCUGCAGCGGUUCAGGUUAUCGAGGCAGAGUAUGGCGACGACACGGUGAAGAGCGUGACCCACCGUAGCAUGCUGUCUGCUGCCACCAGCGGCAGCGCCAGCGUCGUUGCGACGGAAGUGGAGGUGGGAGCGACGCGGCUGAGCUUCAGCAGCAAGCGCUGCGUGAGCGUGGCGAAGAAGGCGAUGCGGAGAAACGUGACCGUGUGGUGGAAGGGCAGUGAUCCCUCAUCCAGCUCCGCCGGAGGGGGUUCGGGCAGCGCGGCGGGCAGCACGGCGGGCAGCGCGGCGGGCGGCACAGCGAAGGGCGUGCAGUGCGCGCAGGUCAAGUUCUUCGGGAAGGCUGGCUGCAAGGGCAAGGCGCUGGACAGCGCGGUCAACCCGCGCACUGCUGGCAUGUUGCUGUUCCCGAGCAGCGAAAAGGCGAUCAGCAAGUGGGCUUCGGUGGCAUCUGUCCUUUGCGACACGGUUGACCGUGCGUGUGACGUAUUGAAAUGUGAGCCGGAUGGCACCUGUGUGAAGGACCAGAAUGGAGAGCGCUAUUGCCAGUGGGCCACCUGCAAGGCCGUGGCAUCAAAGGGCAGCAUUCCAAUCCAGGUGCCUUACUGCGAGUGCCCUCAAGGCUACGGGAUGACCGCCACCGAAUGUGUUGCGGGUGAGUCUCCACUCUCUCCUCACUCGCCCUACUCUCUCCUCACUCGCCCUACUCUCUCCUCACUCGCCCUACUCUCUCCUCACUCGCCCUACUCGCUCCUCACUCGCCCUACUCUCUCCUCACUCGCCCUACUCUCUCCUCACUCGCCCUCCUCUCUCCUCACUCGCCCUACUCUCUCCUCACUCGCCCUACUCUCUCCUCACUCGCCCUACUCUCUCCUCACUCGCCCUACUCUCUCCUCACUCGCCCUACUCACUCGCCCUACUCUCUCCUCUCCUCACUCGCCCUACUCUCCUCUCACUCGCCCUACGCACUCCUCACUCGCCCUACUCUCCUCUUACUCGCCCUACUCUCUCCUCACUCGCCCUACUCUCCUCUCACUCGCCCUACUCUCUCCUUACUCGCCCUACUCUCUCCUCACUCGCCCUACUCGCUCCUCACUCGCCCUAAUCACUCCUCACUCGCCCUACGCACUCCUCACUCGCCCUACGCACUCCUCACUCGCGCUAGACUGCCACCAAAUGUGCCCAAUGUGA